UCCGCUGAAAAAAAACAACAACAACACGGGACAAAUGCAGUGAAAUAAGAUUGGAGUGAGGAUAUUGAAAGACGGUACCGCUUCACAGGAAGGUCAUUCCCUGAAAAAGCUAAGCAGUGCGCAGACUGUACGGAUAUUUGGAGUAUACCCGACUGCAAGUGAAGAAGACCCCGAAGCUGUGGAACAUUGUCCCGGCUUUUUAUUUUCAGAAAAGCAAGGCAUGGGGGGAUCCACAUCUCGACAAGGCAGCACAGGAUAGAAGAUAGAAGAGAACGUUGAAUGAGGACUUCCGUGCGGAGAGGCAUCUGUGACCGUUUCUCCUCGUCUCUAAGUCGGCGGGCUCCAGUAUCGCAGCUGAUGACUGUCCCUCAGGUGGCUGGACUGCAGGGCUGAGCGGAACGUUUUUUUUCGCUGAGGGGGGUGCCCCGGCUUGUAUGUUGGUCACUUGCAGUUGCACUCACUCACAAGGACCAUGUGGUUCUCUCCAAGGAGAAGUCGUCUCCCCUCGCAGAACUGGCACAGUGCCCACAGUUGCACCAAUGUGUCCUUGUGGGUGUUGAGCUUUUGUUGGUGUUUUGUGGCCGUGAGAGGUCAGAACUACCACCCAACUGUAAACACGCAGUAUGGGAAACUCAGAGGGGUAAGGGUGCCCCUGCCCAGUGAGAUUCUGGGGCCCGUGGACCAGUAUCUGGGGGUCCCAUACGCCGCGUCCCCAGUGGGAGAAAAGCGCUUCAUGCCCCCGGAGCCCCCUUCCUCCUGGUCAGGGAUCAAGAACGCCACUCACUUUGCUCCGGUCUGCCCACAAAAUAUUCACAACGCUGUGCCAGAGAUCAUGAUGCCUGUAUGGUUCACCUUCAACCUGGAUAUAGUCACGACUUACAUACAGGAUCAACACGAAGAUUGUCUUUAUCUCAACAUCUAUGUUCCAACUGAGGAUGACAUCCGAGACACUGGGGCCAAGCCUGUGAUGGUCUACAUUCACGGAGGAUCCUACAUGGAGGGGACGGGCAACAUGAUCGAUGGGAGCGUCCUGGCCAGCUACGGAAAUGUCAUCGUUAUCACUAUCAACUACCGCGUCGGAGUCCUCGGCUUCCUCAGUACUGGUGACCAGGCUGCUAAAGGGAACUACGGGCUCCUGGACCAGAUCCAGGCGUUGAGGUGGAUCAGCGAGAACAUCGGCUUCUUCGGAGGAGACUCCAACCGCAUCACCGUGUUCGGUUCUGGGAUCGGAGCUUCCUGCGUCAGCCUGCUCACCCUCUCCCACCACUCUGAAGGUCUGUUCCACCGAGCCAUCAUUCAGAGCGGCUCAGCCCUCUCCAGCUGGGCAGUGAACUACCAGCCGGUCAAGUACACACGUCUCCUGUCGGAGAAGGUGGGCUGUAAUGUCCUGGACACCUUGGACAUGGUGGACUGUCUGAGGAAGAAGACCUCCAGGGAGCUGGUGGAGCAGGACAUACAACCAGCAAGAUACCACGUGGCCUUUGGACCUGUAAUCGAUGGGGAUGUUAUUCCAGACGACCCCGAGAUCCUGAUGGAGCAGGGCGAGUUUCUUAACUACGACAUCAUGCUGGGGGUCAACCAGGGCGAGGGGCUGCGCUUUGUGGAGAACGUGGUAGAUUCAGAGGACGGCGUGUCUGGAAAUGACUUUGACUUCUCUGUGUCAGACUUUGUGGAUAGUCUGUAUGGGUACCCAGAGGGAAAGGACACGUUGAGGGAGACCAUUAAGUUCAUGUACACGGAUUGGGCAGACAGAGACAAUCCAGAGACAAGGCGCAAGACGCUGGUGGCUCUGUUUACCGACCACCAAUGGGUGGAGCCAUCGGUGGUGACGGCAGACCUCCACGCUCGCUACGGGUCUCCCACUUACUUCUACGCCUUUUACCACCACUGCCAGAGCCUGAUGAAGCCAGCCUGGUCAGACGCAGCCCAUGGGGACGAGGUGCCAUAUGUUUUUGGAAUUCCUAUGAUUGGUCCAACUGACCUUUUCCCCUGUAACUUCUCAAAGAACGAUGUCAUGCUCAGUGCUGUGGUCAUGACCUACUGGACCAACUUUGCCAAGACUGGGGAUCCUAACAAGCCGGUUCCUCAAGACACCAAGUUCAUCCACACCAAGGCCAACCGCUUUGAAGAGGUGGCCUGGUCCAAGUACAACCCCCAGGACCAGCUGUAUCUGCAUAUCGGCCUGAAGCCACGUGUGCGGGACCACUACCGCGCCACUAAAGUGGCCUUCUGGAAACACCUAGUGCCCCACCUGUACAACCUGCACGACAUGUUCCACUACACCUCCACCACCACCAAAGUGCCGCCACCAGAUACCACGCAGAACUCCUUGUCCACCAGGAGGCCCAACGGACAACACAACACCAAGCGGCCCCCCAUGUCCCCGGCCUACAACAAUGAGGACAAAGACUCUUGGAACGACGACGAGGAGACGGGACCGCUGGUGGUGGAGAACCCUCGGGAUUACUCCACAGAGCUCAGUGUCACUAUCGCUGUGGGAGCAUCACUGCUGUUCCUCAAUGUGCUGGCUUUCGCGGCCCUCUACUACCGCAAGGACAAGCGCCGGCAGGACUCCGGCCACGGGCAGCCCAGCCCACAACACCAGACCACCUCCAACGACAUUGGCCACCAUGCGCCCGAGGAGGAGAUCAUGUCGCUGCAGAUGAACCAGACGCACCAUGAGUGUGAGGCGGGGAACAGCAACGAGGGGGCAUUGCGCUUGGCCUCGCUGCCCGACUACACGCUCACUCUGCGGCGCUCUCCGGACGACAUUCCCCUCAUGACCCCCAACACCAUCACCAUGAUACCCAAUUCCCUGGUGGGGAUGCCCAACCUGCACCCCUACAACACCUUCACAACCGGCUUCAACUCCACCGGCCUGCCGCACUCUCACUCAACCACCCGCGUAUAGCUUUAAGGAGGCCUGGGGCAGCCGGCGCAGGCGGGGGGGGGGGAGGAGGCAGCGGUGGUGGUGGUGGUUGAGGAGGAGCAGGAGGAUGAACGAUUGGAGGAGAGGAUUGUGUUUUAUAAAUAUCACAGGGAGGGGGGAGGGGAAGGGCAUGAGUCGGAUUAAAACGUGAAGAGAUUUAACUAGACUUUUACUACGAGGAGAGUUGCUGUGAGCUCUCUAUGGAUGUCAAGUUGUGCAGAGCUGCCAAAAUCAAACUGCUUCCCUUCUCCUGAUUGGGGGAGGGGGGGUCUUUCUGCAGUGUUUUUUUCUAAAAUAAUCAUUUUAAAAGCCUUUUUAAGCAGACUGAGGAGAUAUCAACACUGAUCUUCUAUACAUAAAUAAAACUAAGAGAAGUGCUUUUUAUUUCCCAUCCCUUCCUCCUGCGGGAGACACAUCUCGAACAAUGGCCUCUACGUCAAUAUUCGCAAAAUGUUUUUAAUUGCUUCUUUGUUUUAUUUUACUUUUCAAUGCCUUACAAAGCUUGUUCUUUUUUGUCAUUAUUUCUAUUCCCUGAGACUAUUCCAAGUGGAGUGUGUUACAAGCCGAUGAGACUCAAAGAUGAGACACUGAAUACCGGGAUGGGAACCUAGAGGAUAUGCAGAUGUAGAGAUUUUAAACCCUUUUUGGGCAACUCAUAUUUUCUUUCUGUUGUGUACCAAUGCAACAGCCACACAAACGGUGUUAUCUUUUUUAUCUCGUAUAGAAAUGAUUUGUCUGGGACAGCUCCUGCCGGGAAAUGAGAAGGCAGAGAUAAAUACUAUGUUACUGUGAUUGUUUUGUUAAGAAAAAAGUGCAUCUUUUACAGCCAAUUUAUCUGUUAAGCUAUCUGAUAUUAUCUCCACAAAGUGUGCACGUACACAUGCUGCUUAGAGCACCGGUGUGUUUGUGUGCAUGUGAAAAUGAUUUCUCGUUCCUUGCGUGGUAGAAAGAGGCUGAGAUAAAGGAAGUGAGACAUUGUCGGAACUUGCAAAAGCAAGAGCGGCGAGGGAUUGAGUCUGCGUGUGUGAGAGUGUAUUUUGAGAGUGUGUGAGAGUGUGCGUGUGUGUGUGUGUGUGUGUCCGUGCACCUGUUUUUUUGUUUGUAGGUUGUAUAAUGUGGUUUUUUGGGGGGAGGGGGCUGAGUAUUUUCUUAUGUUGUUGAUUUUGGUUCAGCACCAGUAGUGUUUCUGCUGCGUCUCUGGGUGUCUGUCUUUGCAAAAUAGCACUUGUUAUUUUCAAAGUUAUAUAUGUCUAAUUUUGCUUAAAGAUUACAAAAUAAAUCUAUUAUUUUACGUGUAAGAGAAAAAAAAUAGCUAAAGAUUCAACUGAACUAACUGACAUGAUUCCAUUGACUUUGUAAGAGUUCCUCUUAAAAAGCAGACAGUGGCCUGUUUGCACUGAAUAAACCUACAUCAGUGCACACUUGUAUUUCUUUGAAUAUAUAUAUAAAUAUGGGCAUACAUACAUAUAUGUAUAGAGCUUUUAUGAAGAUAUCAAUCCCACUUACAAAAAAAUUAAAACAUUGUUCAGAUUGCACCAACAAAUACAUUCUAAGCACUGUUGUUGCUGCCAAGACGUCCCUAGGUGUCUUUGUAAGAGCUCUAUAUGUAUAUGUAUGUAUAAAAUAUUUAAUAUUUAUGUAUACCAGAUGCAUACAUGCUGAUUGUGCCAUGUGCCAAAUUAAACCUGUAAAAAAUGAAGAAUAUAAAAGUUUCACAAAACU